GCCACUACCGUACCUAUAUUUUCUAAUAGGUACAGUCGUAACCAAGCAAGUAGGACUCUGGACAGUCUCAACUCAGUGACAAACUCGACUCGUCACCCUAUCAAAUGCAGCAAAUAGUGGGAAUGCUAAGAUAGAAACAACCCGACCUGCCAUGAAUUCUGAUUGUUGCCUCACUCUCGAAUGAUUGGCUCGGCAGUUCUAGGGUACCGGUAGAGUUUCUGACAAUAGCUCUUGCGAAGAACAGAACGUGGCAUCGCACCACAAUGAUGCCUAAUUUGCGGAGGAUAUCAGCAGCUGCACCUGUGGCUACCGGUAGGUGGCUUUACCGGCAUCAUGAUAUCGUCGUCCAUUCAUUGAGCGGGAAAUAUCGCUCCCGCUCAGCCGCCGUCCCUAGUUGAAACCAGUUUGCAAAAUGUGUAUGCCAUGUGCAUAUAUUGUACAUGUAGCUAGCUAGAUGAACCACAUACACGCAAUCACUUCAAUCCAUUUUUUGCAUCGGUACGUGUCGGUACUGUACGGGAUCGUACCUACCUUUUCGCUUGCACCUCGGCGGGCUGAGACACUGCUGAGACGCGCCUCACAAAAUUCGACUGAUUUCAAACCACAAGAAUGAACAACGACGACAUGUGCUAUCGUAGUUUUCUCCUUCGAAAAGCAUCAAGCCAGCAAAGCGCGGGUAUCAAAGUGACCAAUGGUCUCCGUCUCUCAUUAAAUUCGAUCAUUGAAACAAUCAUCAUAUCGUCAUUCUCGCUAAUGAAGUUUCUCUCUACUACCAUUUUCUCGGCAAUGGUUGGCAUCCAUGCCGUCAUGGUCCGCGCCCAGCCGGUUCCCAACCUUCGAGUUGAGCCUGAGCGAAGCGCAGUUGACGGCGAGCAGCAGCAACGACACGUCCGCCAUCGACAUCUUAUCAGUACGAUUCGUACGGAGUACACCGCUGACAUUCACUUAAACUGGGAAGCGGAGAACUACAUGACCCAGAUCAAUGCAGACACGUUGACAGACACAGCUCAGUCCUUUAUCACCCGAAACAUCCCAACCAACCUACCGGGCGAAGUAAUGGCAGACAUUGGAGCGCUGGGUAUCUUGUCCGUGUCCAUUAUUGGACAGACUCUGGAUCUUUCCGUCUCCCCGAGUGUUCUUUGGGUGAUGCUGCGGGUUGAAGGUGUCGUCAUUGCCGAGAAUGAUUCCUUCAAUAGCGACAGUUUCAACUUCACGGGAAUUGUCGAAACUGCCAUCCAUUCACGAAAUCAAGAGUUUCUUCGACAGACGAAACCUUUACUGGUGUCGCGGGAGUCAGUAGAAAAUGAAGGAGCCAAUAAUUCCAGCAGCAACAUUGUCACGGUGGCGGUCUCCAUCUCGGUGGUGUUUGCGGUUGUGGCGCUUUUGGUUGCCGUUCGAGUCUACCAGAAAUGGAGGGACAGCUCGUCCACCCCUUAUUCGAUGGAUGGGCACAAGGGACCAAGUGAUGAAGCCAAGGGCGACAACCAGCAUGACAAUCGACCCGAGGAAUCCGUCGAUGAACAGUCAAUCUAUACCUUGCGGGAGUCGGCACCACCACCGCCACCACCCAAGAACGGAUCGCCCGCCACAGUGGUUCCGCCAUCCGAGGAGGAGAACGGUGGCUACCUCUUCAAUAGCUUUCUCGGAUGGAGUUUUAGCAUGAGCUCGGAUGGGAACAGCUGUGAAUUCGACACGACGAGCACCGACGACAACCCACCACUACCACCCAAACGACGCUAUACAAUUGAGAAUGUCGAUGACAUUAGUAUCGGACGUGAUGUGGACGUCUUUGAGGACAACAAUAGCCAACAGGAAGAACAAGUUAGCAGCCGCCAAAAGUGGCGCAGCAGACAGCCAUCUCCCAUGGAAUAUACCGACUCGGAAGCGGAGGACAAUGCCAUGGACAAUUCGGGUCGUCUGAGCAUGGACACUUCGGGUCGUCUGAGUGUUCAGGAUAUGGAGAACUUUGACAACUACGUCGCCAAUCUCCCUGCGCCGUACAAGCAUCAAUCUCGCAAGAUUACCAAAAAGGAAGAACAUGGACGACGGGAACUUUAUAUGGUCUAG